AUGAGGCUGCUGCUGCUGGCGUGUCUGCGGGCACAGACCGGCAACGCCACCACGGCCGCCAGGAUCCGGAAUCAUCUACAUGCUGCAGGUCACAUCUGUGUCCUUAAAGAUGCUUUCAUGUAUGAAAGUCCAGCUGAAGUAGCAAACCUGACCUGCUCAGACAAGUUUGAUGCAGCCCUGGCCAUUCACCUCUAUAAAGGAGGCAGACUGCUGCAAGGGAGCAGAAUUCCUUUUGGAGUCAUCUUUGGUGGGACAGAUGUCAAUGAAGAUGUCAAAUGUAAAGAGAAACGCCAGGUAAUGGGAGCAGUGCUGGAGAAAGCCAGGUUUGCAGUGGCUUUCACCGUGGAAAUGAAGGAGCUGGCAGCAGCAGAGUGGCCAGAUGCCAGGAAGAAAAUCUAUGUGCAAAGUCAAGGAAUUAAGACUACACCCAGUGAAACAUUUGACUGGUCCAGAUUUCUACAAAAUGCAGGCAUUCCUGCAGCCACAGGCAGGGUGCAGCUGUUCCUCUUGGUGUGUGGGCUCCGGAGAGUCAAGGACCCUCUGUAUUUAGUGGAAGCUUUCUCAGACUGGCACAGAAAGGAUCCCAGUGUCCAUCUGGGCAUUAUCGGACCUGCAGUGGAUCCACUUUUCAGCAGUGAAGUUGAGGACAGAGUUAAAAGGGCCCCCGGGGUGCACGUGCUGCAGGAGCUGCCCCAGCAGGAGCUGCACGCUGCCCUCAGGAGCUGCCUGGCCCUGGUGAACAGCUCCAUCUCCGAGGGCAUGUCUGCUGCCAUCCUGGAGGCAAUGGACUUAGAAAUUCCAGUGCUGGCAAGGAACAUUCCUGGGAACGCAGCAAUAAUAAAGCACAAGGAAACAGGGCUGCUCUUUUCAACCCCCCAGGAGUUUGUUGCGCUGUCCAAGAGUUUAAUGAACGACCCCAUUAUGGAAAAGGAAAUUGUAACCAGGGCCAAAGACUACGUGAAGAAGCAUCAUUCCUGGGAAGGGGAAAGGAAAACCUACCAGAAUCUUGUGCAGAGACUCCAGUGA